GUCACUUCCGGUGUACACAGCCGGGCCGUCGCGGUUCGUGAGGCGAGCGGUCGUGAGGAAGACAAGUGGUUGCAGUAAGAGGGAGCAUAUUAAGAAAGGAGGAAGGUUCAUGAAAUGGAUGUUGGAAAAAGAAAUGACCUAGAGGCCUUAUAAAUACAUUGUGCAUUCUUGCUUCAGACUACAAUUGAGGGUAAACUCACUCUGGAAGCACCAUUUAUUAACGUUACAACGGAAAUAACUACCUCAACCAACAGAAGAAAAGGAGGCGGAGGCUCGCAGUAACAAACACUCCAGCUUCUAAUACUUGCAGAGCCUUCAGAAAACCCAAGUGGCAAAUUUAUUUUUCAGUAUUAAGAUGAAACACUACAGGUAAAUGGAUCUGACAGACAGGCUCUGUCAAAAGUGAAGAAAUUUGAUCCGCUGUCAUAAAGACUUGGUUUAAAGUGAAGACUGCACUGCGUUUUAUAAUCGCUGUUGAUCAGUGUAGCUUUUUGGUUUUGUUUUACUUUUUCUGAUCCACUAAUUGAGGUUCUGUAAUAAGGUAUUAUUUUUCAAAGACGAUAGAGUUAUUUUGUCUGUCAGUUGAAAAUGAUGUAUCAGCUGUCAAAAUAUGCUGCAGAGUAAUUUUGAGUAAUAGCUUUCCCUGCUCUCUAGUAAUAGAGGGCGGGUAGGCUACUAAACAGGUCAUUCAGCGUAUUUUGGAGCCACCGCACUUGUGUUUUUUAGGUUUUUUUGUUUUGGAUUACAAUUUGUAAGUGCAGCAGGGCUGCCCGGGAAACACCAAAUCAGCAAACCUUCCACCCCUCUCGCUCUCGAUACAGACGCGACGGAAGCCUGUUUUUUGUUGGUCUGUUUUGUCUGGUUUUUUGAAAUGCCUUUUGUGAAGCCUGGGUUCACAGUCCUCCACUACUGCUCCACAUAACUUCAGUUCCGAAGAAAGACUUGGCCGGCCGAUUAGUUCCAGGCGUUUGGGGACAAGUUCUUACCUAUGUAUUGCUGCAGCGCGCAGGAAAGUAAAAUGGACUACAAGCGGCGCUUUUUGCUUGGCGGGUCCAAGCAGAAAGUGCAGCAACACCAGCAGUAUCAGAUGCCCGAGUUAGGCAGGACUCUGAGCGCACCCCUGGCGUCGACUGCCGUGGCCUCGGCCCCGCUGAUUGCCUCAGCUGCUGCAGGCAGCUGCAACCACCCCGUGCCCCAUACGACUCCCAUUGCAGACAUCCAGCAGGGUAUCUCAAAAUAUCUGGAUGCGCUCAAUGUGUUCUGCCGCGCAAGCACUUUCCUCACCGAUCUUUUCAGUAGCGUAUUUAGGAACUCUCACUAUUCUAAGGCAGCUAUGCAACUGAAAGACGUGCAGGAACACGUCAUGGAAGCGGCGAGCCGGCUCACGGCGGCAAUAAAACCCGAAAUAGCCAAAAUGCUGAUGGAGUUGAGUGCCGGAGCAGCCAACUUUAAAGAUCAAAAGGAAUUCAGCCUCCAGGACAUUGAGGUGCUUGGCAGAUGUUUCUUGACUGUGAUGCAAGUCCACUUUCAGUUUUUGUCCCAGGCUUUACAGAAGGUUCAACCAGUGGCACACUCUUGUUUUGCCGAAGCAGUAGCUCACGAGAGGAAAAAUGUCAGUGGUACGAGUACCUCUUCCUUGAGCCCUACGACUGAGCUAGAAGAUGCAUUGCGGUCAUGGAGAGGCGCCGCAGAGGCAACAUGCAGGCUGAGAGAAAGAGGUUGCGAUGGCUGUUUGGCUGGAAUUGAAGUCCAGCAACUCUUCUGUUCACAAAGUGUGGCAAUUCCUGAACACCAGCUGAAAGAACUGAACGUGAAAAUUGACAGUGCUUUGCAAGCAUAUAAAAUAGCUCUGGAAAGUUUAGGCCACUGUGAAUAUGCAAUGAAGGCCGGUUUCCACUUGAAUCCAAAAGCUAUCGAAGCAAGUUUGCAGGGCUGUUGUAGUGAAGCCGAAGCCCAACAGACAGGAAGGAGACAAACUCCACCUCAGCCAAUUCAAUGUGAACUCCCUACGGUCCCUGUUCAGAUCGGCUCACACUUUUUGAAAGGGAUCUCUUUUAAUGAAUCUGCCGCUGAAAACCUGAAACUAAAAACGCACACAAUGCUACAGCUAAUUAAAGAAGCCGGCUGUCAUAAUGGGAUUACACCAAGGGACGAUUCCCCCGUAACUGACAUAUUGAAUCAGGUUUGCCCUUCUACUUGGCGGGGUGCCUGCAAAACUGCUGUGCAGUUGCUGUUUGGCCAAGCUGGACUGGUGGUGGUUGAUACAGCACAAAUUGAAAAUAAAGAAGCAUAUGCUCCCCAAAUUAGUUUAGAAGGUUCCAGAAUUGUGGUUCAAGUUCCGUCUACUUGGUGUCUGAAGGAAGACCCUGCAACCAUGUCUUUACUGCAGAGAAGUCUUGAUCCAGAGAAAACUUUAGGACUGGUGGAUGUACUUUAUACAGCUGUUUUUGAUGUAAACAGGUGGAAAGAAGGAAGAGAGCAAGCUCUGCCCUGUAUUCAGAUCCAACUUCAACGGGAAAUUGGUGAUUUUGGGAAUCCAGUUGACAUGCCAUCUGGAAAUGGAAACAAAUCGUCAGGCGGCCUGCAGAAGACUUUCUCGAAACUGACUUCACGUUUUACAAAGAAAACUUCUUGUACCAGUUCAAACAACACUGCGAGCUACUCUAUCCCAAAUACACCGUCCAAAAACGUCUUCAUAGCCAGCAGCUCAGAGGAGAGAGCUAAAAUGCCCGGUAACCUGGACACAAGGUUACAGAGCAUUCUGAACAUUGGAAACUUCCCUCGGACUAUUGACUCAUCCCAGGCAGCCCAGAGCCCAAGCAAUCAGUUGGUGAAUGGCUUUCUCGUUGAAAGGCGGGAGAACUUCUUCAAAGGGGAGGAAAGCAAGGACGACAAAGGCAUGAAUUUGCCAACCGACCAAGAAAUGCAGGAAGUCAUAGACUUUCUGUCUGGCUUUAACAUGGGCAAAUCGCAGCAAGCUUCUCCGCUGGUGAACAGGCGGAACUCUGGGGCGUCUUCUUCGGCAGCCGAACAAAAAUCGGGAGCAGCCCAGCCGCCGCCGCCGCCACAGUGUGUUUCUCAUACCUCUUUGCAUCCUUCUCAGCAAGGGUUGUCCCAGCAACAGCAACCCCAGAAACCGCAACAGCAACAGAUGCAGUAUUUCCAACAUCUCCUCCAGCCCAUUGGGCCUCAGCAACAGCAGGCCCGGGCGCCGGGAAAAUGGCUGAACAGUUCCUCCCAGCAGCCAGCGCAGGCGGUCGGGGCUGGAUUGCCUCCUCUCAGCCAGUGGAGUAGCCCCGGCCUUCCGGACCUGAGUUCUGAUUUGUACAGCCUGGGGCUGGUGAGCAGCUACAUGGACAACGUGAUGUCGGAGAUGUUGGGACAGAAACCGCAAGGGCCUAGGAAUAAUACGUGGCCCAACCGGGACCAAAGCGAGGGAGUCUUCGGGAUGCUGGGAGAGAUCCUGCCGUUCGACCCCGCAGUUGGCUCGGACCCAGAAUUUGCCCGGUACGUGGCUGGGGUCAGCCAGGCUAUGCAACAGAAACGGCAAGCGCAGCAGGUCCGUCGCCCAAGCAACGCACGUAGCAACUGGCCUCUCCCUGACGAUCCCCACCGAACCUGGCCUUUUCCCGACUAUUUCACAGAAGGCGAUGUCAUGAACACUAGCUGGUCAGGUACUCAGGGAGACUCUGCCAGCUCAAGCGAUGAGACGUCCUCCGCUAAUGGAGACAGUCUGUUUUCCAUGUUCUCAGGGCCAGACCUCGUUGCUGCUGUCAAGCAGAGAAGAAAACACAGUAGCGGCGAGCAGGAGACUGGCACGUUACCCUCCCCACCGCUUCUUACCACGGUAGAUGACCUUAGUCAGCAGGAGAAUAAAACCAAAACCUGGCCUCCGAAGGCUCCCUGGCAGCAUUCUUCACCCCUCCCCAACACGCUGCCCGCUCAGAGUUCGUGUUUGUAUCAGAUGACCAACCCUGUCAGCCAGUGGAGUGACACGAUGCAGAUUUUACAGUCACCGGUUUGGUCUACGGCCAGCGACUGUACUCCAUCGACAGGGAUUUCCUCCACUUUUGCCUAUGCCCAGCAGCAGCAGCAGUCACAGCAGGCGGCCUCCCAGCACAAAGCGAUGAACAAGGGCUUUAAAUCUUUCCCGGUCAAACACGAACGCAGACCAUCUUACCUGCAUCAGUACUAG